ACACGGCGGGCGGAGUUCAUCUAUUGGAUCUCACUCGCAAAAGUUUUUAUUUAAAAAAAAAAAUUAGUUUUUUGUUAGCGGUCAUCAUCCGAUUUUGCCGUGGCAAUGCCAUUAGCAGCAGAGUCAGAUAUCAUUGUUUUGAUCUGACUUGUCUAUAAGAGGGCAGGGAUGAGUUCUUCUCUAUUAUCAUACAGUUCUAAGGUAAUCUACCCAAAAUGACGGAUUCUAUAUCAAAAUGAAGACUUUGUAUGCUUAUUUAUUCAUCUGGAUUUCUAUGUGUACCGUAUCAUGUGACGAUUGGGCUCCUUGGACACAAUGGGGUACGUGUUCCCGUACCUGCGACGGUGGCGUCACCUACCGCACCAGGCGGUGUCGCAAAGAUUCACCGAUGAACCGGGAAUGUCGGACCGAUGACGUUCAGUAUAGAGCUUGCAACAUGCAGGAAUGUCCAGGGAAUGUACUAGACUAUAGAGCGUUGCAAUGUUCAGCGUUUAAUAAGAACCCGUAUUCAGGAGAGGUGCUAAAUUGGGUCCCAUACCACGAUUCCAAGAACCCAUGCGCCCUGUAUUGUCAGGCCGAGGGACAUGACGUCAUCCACCGAUUGGCUAAUCAUGUGGUGGACGGUACAAAAUGUCGGAACGACUCAAAGGAUAUGUGCAUCGACGGAAAGUGUUGGAAUGUGGGAUGUGAUGGUAUACUGGGAUCAAAGAAAGUACUGGACAGAUGUGGGGUAUGUGGAGGAAACAAUUCGUGUAUGUCACGACAGACACCGAAAUUUACGUGGUCACUCUCGGGAUACGGUGAAUGUUCAUCGACUUGUGGUGUAGGAUACAGAAGAGCAAAGCCGGUCUGUAUAAAUAGGGCAUCCGGGAAACGGGUCCGCAACAAAAGAUGUCGCUCUGCAGAAAGACCGAAACAACAGACUCGGUCAUGCAAAUUACGGGACUGCAAAGGAAACCCAAUGUAUAAAUGGGUGUUCGGCCCUUGGAGCAAUUGUUCCUGCGCAAAGAAGUACUCUUGGAGAGCCAGACGAUGUGUAAUGUUCUUUCCGAAUUCCACACAAACAUACGUCAGCGAAAAGUUUUGUGACACCCGAACACCAGUUACCAAACAACUUUGCGACAAAACACUGUGUCCUGUUUGGCAUGUCGGACACUGGGCACCGUGCUCUGUAACUUGUGGAAACGGUGUCCAGAGAAGGGGUGUCGUCUGCCAACACUUUGGAAAAGAGUUCUGCGACCUAAAAUUCAAACCGAUAACGCUUCGAUCUUGCAACACCUCAGUCUUAUGCUUUGUUCAGAAUGAUAUACAAGAGGUGAUUUUAGGGGAGUCGGACAGCAGUUCCAUUAAACGCCUACCCCCGCUGAAGAGUACAGAGAGAACAGGGCCCCGCCCAAGAUUUGUGGCAAGAGAAUGGCAGCCCUGCAGUGUCACGUGUGGUAGGGGCCGGAAAUGGCGCUACGUCACCUGUCAAGUCUAUGUCUUGCGCAUAGGAAAAGAUACGGAACUUCCGGAUAAAGAAUGCAAGGGAUUGAAACCACUGAAUUCCUCUCCUUGCAUCAUACAGGAAUGUGUGGAACAGUUUGAGUACCGUGUAGUGGGUAUGACGCCGUGCAGCAGAAGUUGUUUGGGCGGGGUACAGGAAACUAUCGUUCGAUGUGUUAGCAUACACAACGGUUCCACGGUGGAUGACAGUAAUUGUAAAGAUGUCCACUUAGUCCCUGUCGAAAGAAGAGUUUGUAACGACAUCAAUUGUCCUCAGAGGUGGAAAGUGGGAGAUUUCGGGAUGUGUUCAGUCAGCUGUGGCGGGGGAAUCAUGCACCGUGACGUCGAGUGCAUACAGGAGUUUGCUGUUGGCUUCCGGGACGCGAUCCAUCUUCCGGAUUACAUGUGCGAGCAACCCGUGCCAACUCGCAACCGGAAAUGCAACAGCAUCGACUGCCACUCUGAGUGGCUGUCUGGUCCGUGGUCGAAGUGUUCCGUUACAUGCGGUCAGGGAUAUCGGUCACGUGAUGUGUACUGUGUGAAGAAGAAUGCUGGGGGAAACUACAUAAACAUUUCGUCUACUCUUUGUGAUUCGAACAAGCAUCCCAUGGAUGUACAAAAGUGCAAUCACACCGUUUGUCCAGAACCGAAACUACGCGCAUUAGAAGUUCAGUUUUUUCAAAUGGACAAACUUAAAAGAGUGAAACUCACCAUUGGCAUGACUGCAACUAUUUUGCCAGGGACAACUAUCCUAAUAAAGUGUCCGACGCGUGGGAUACAAUUACAGGAUAUAAGAUGGUUAAAAAAUGGGACCACGAUCCGAUAUUCUAAAAGGGUCAAGUUAACCCGGAAGAGAUUUUUGAAAAUUAGAAAUGCUGUUCCAGAGAAAGACUCGGGGAUAUACUCCUGCAAAGCUGGAUCCUUGCAGUCGAGUAGUCCUCUAUCUUUCAGCAGUGUUUAUGACAUAUUUAAAGCGACAAUGCUGCGACAGAAGUAUAUCUCUGGAAUUCAGCCAAUGAAUUUGGUUGCGCGAAGCAUUUAUACGAAACAGAUGGACCCCGUGUCCAGGAAAUAUAGUCCGCUUUUCCUGGUUAAGAGUGACUGGAGUGCUUGCUCUGCUACGUGUGGCGGAGGAUUGCAGUCGCGAAACGUCAGUUGUGAAAUCAUUACGCGAGAUUACUUUGAAGUGUUUCCGGUGAGAUUAUGUACUAAGGCAGGGCACAGUGCUCCGUUAUUGAUUCAGAGUUGUAAUACGUUUCCGUGUUUGGAAUGGUCUCUAGGGAAUUGGUCGGAGUGCGCGGCUUCAGAGUGUGUUAGGGACAAAACCGCAUUGAUAAAACGAGAAGUCAUUUGCCUGUCAAACGAUCAAGUGAUGAACGACACCUCACACUGUGAGAGUCUGGGUACUAUCCCACCCACAGAAAUGGAGUGCUCCAACAAAGACUGCAAAGCCGUGUGGAUUGCUUCCAAAUGGACAAUGUGUAUUGGUGAAUGUGAGACAAACGGUUUCAAAACGAGAUCACUCGAUUGUGUAUGGUCUAAAACGAGGCUAUCCGCCGGAAAAGAGUGCUCUUCUCUCCAGCGACCAAGGACGAUGAAAAUGUGCGAAAUGGGCAACUGCUCUUGCACGGACGAAUCGGAAUAUUGCAGUGUGGUGAAAAUGAUGAAAUUUUGUAAAUUUGAAAAUUUUCGCCGGAACUGUUGUGUGUCUUGUAAAAAGUCAUAAUGCUCUUAAAACUAAAUGUAUAACAUUUCCAUCCUACCUCAGAAUCAAUACUGUCAACAGAGUAAUAGUAUACUGUAUCAUAUUUUGAAGUGAUAAAUGUGCGUUUAUAAUUAUAAAAAGAAUACAUAUUCUAUUUUAGUUAACAACGAUCUGUAUUUUGGAUAAAUGUUCAAGAUAUUAAAAUGCAGUUACAACUUACCAACAAAAAAUAAACUGAAUUUUUUUCUUCGAAAAUCGAAGCUCGUUGCUUUCACAUUAAAAUUUGUUGCUGUUUUUUCUUCAAUAAAUGCAUUUAAUUUAUUUGUAUUUCAUUGAUAUGCAGCAACAAAAAUAUAUUCACGAUAUGAAUAAUCUUUAUUGCUUUGUUCUAUUUUGAUGAACUUUAAUAGCAUGCAUGUUUUAUUUUACCAAAAAAAAUAAAAAUAAAUGCAGAUAAUUAAGACGAGUUUAGUGUUAUUU